CAGCCUCGGUAGGCUAGCUUAUGAACCUCAGUGUUUUAGCAUAUCUCAUUUGAACUUACUUUUAUUUAUUAUAUAAAUAAACGAACGAACUAACAAAGAUGUCUAAACUAACGCUUAUCAGAUUGUGCUUCUGGCUUUAUCUGGUGCGAACGGUGGUCUCCGAAGAGGAUCUUUAUCAUAAAGUGGGAGGUGAGCUGGUGUUGAAACCAGACACGUCCACAGUGCCUGACUUCAUCACAAGCAUCCUAUGGAAGCAUGGGAGGAACAAGGUGGCAGAGUGGGACAAGGAUUUUGGUGUUCUGGACAUCUAUGCUGCCUUCAAAGAGCGUACAACCCUGAACCAGACUACUGGAGAGCUGAGAAUCAGUGGAUUGAUGAAAACAGACAGUGGAGUUUAUUCUGUGGAGUUCAACAGCAAACAGCCUGACAAGACAUAUAAACGAUCUGUUAUCAAGGCAGUCCCCAAACCCACAAUCACUUCUUCCUGUAACCCAGACAAAACCUCCUGCACUCUGACCUGUGAGGGCGACACCACUGAUGCUGAACCAGUCACCUACAGCUGGAAAGUGGGGGAGGGGGCGUGGGAGGUUGUAGGAAAACAGCUGAUUGUCUCUAAGAGCGACACUGGCAAAUCAACCAACAGUUACAAGUACAUCUGCAAGCUGAAGAAUGAUGUUCGUGGGGAAGGGGAAGUCAGUGAGCCAAUUGGACAGGUGUUUGGCUCAGAGCCUUCCGAAAUUGAUGGUGGCGUUGUUGGUGGUGUUGUCGUUACUAUUGUAGUGCUUGUUGCCGUCAUAACAGUUUGGUUGGUGUGGAAGAAAAUGAAAGCAGCUGAAGCCAGUGGAUCCAACAGUCCUAAAUAUGAGUCAAAGCCUGAGGCUAAAGGCAGUGAUGUAGUCCAGCCAGAACAAGAGAUUACGGUUCCGCUAACGGUCAACCACAAAACAGGGGAAGAGGACGCAGACAAACCUGGAAAGGGGCAGGAGAAUGGAGCUGGUGGUCUUCCUGGUGGGGUAACUGAGAACAAGAAAAAUGGGGCAUGUGUGUAAUGAUCAUGCUUCUUGAAAUGCCACACCUGUAAUGUGGAAGAAUUAUCUUGGCCAAGGAGAAAUGUUUACUAACAGGGAUGUACACAACAUUUGUCCGGAAUAAGGUUUUUGUGAGUGUGCAACAUUUCUGGGAUCUUUUAUUUCAGCUCGUGAAACAUGGGACCAACACUUUGCAUGUUGCGUUUUAUAUUUUUGUUCAGUGUAUAAAUGGUAAAUGAAGGGAAACGGCAAACAUUGCACAUAGUAACUUGCAUGCAAUCAGAUGAAGUACAGUGAGCUCCAAAAGUAUUGGGUCAGUGACACAUUGUGUUGUAUUGGCUCUGUACUCCAGCACUUUGGAUUUAAAAUGAUACAAUGACUAUGAGGUUAAAGUGCAGUCUGUCAGGUUUAAUUUGAGGGUAUUGUCAUCCGUAUCACGUGAACUCUUUAGAAAUUGCAGCAUGUCUUGUACAUAGUACCCCCCCCCCCCCCCCCAUUUUAGGGAAGCAAAGGUUUUGGGACAAAUUCAUAUUAAAGUAGUGUAAAGUUUAGUAUUUGGUAGCACGCAAUGUAUACAUCAAGCUUGUGACUCUACAAACUUGUUGGAUGCAUUUGCUGUUUGUUUUGGUUGUCUCAGAUUAUUUUGUGCCCAAUAGAAAUGAAUGGUAAAUAAUGCGUUGUUACUUUUAUUCUAAAUAAGAAUAUAAUGUUUCUAAACACGUUUACCUGACUAUGGAUGCUACCAUGAUUACUGAUAAUCCUGAAUGAAUCGUGAAUGAUGACGAGUGACAAAGUUAGACAGUCUGCACUUUUAACCUCAUAGUCAUUGUAUCAUUUUAAAUCCGAAGUGCUGAAGUAUAAAGCCAAAACAACCAACAAAGUGUCACUGUCUCUACUUUUGGAGCUCACUGUAUAAUGUGAUGAGCUGUGUGCUUUAUGAAUUUAUAGUACUUCAGAAAUGAGGGCAAUAUUUGUAUCUCAGAACAUUUUGAUGGGAAAAAAACAAGAGAUUAUCUUCUACUUUGAGGUAAAUAGCUUUAUGGAUUCUUACCCUUUCUCAGUAUUCAUGUCUCAUCUUUUCAAAUCUCAAUCCAUUUGUGAAGGUUGUUUUUGUUUGAAGCUGUAGUAUCAAUCACUUUGUGGUUGUAUGAUACCUUUUCAGGUAUUUUCCCCAGAGCGCUUAAUGCCAACCCACUCCACUUUCUGUUUGAAAUCACAGCUGAAUGAAUGUCUUAUAUCAUUUCACUUGACCUAUGUCAAGGAAUUUGUACAGGUUAUUGUUUUAUUACCCAGGCCUGAGAGGUAGAGCUCAUCUACCUUGUAAAGAGAGAGCUCUUCAGCACUGAGAUGUUUAAUUACUAACAACAAUAGUGCAUGUGUAUUUAAAAAAAAAAAAAAAACAUGUUUAUGCAUUAAUAUUUAAUUUUGACAAA